CGGCAGCGACCAUUACGACUCGAUGAAGGCCCUGGUCGGGUCUGCGGUCGCGCUGGCGGCGGUCGUGCUGUAUUGCGCUCAAGCGGACCCACUCUGUGACGACGCGUCUCAAUCUGCGUACGUUUUCCAGCGCUCCAAGUGUCUGGCGAUGACCACCUCGCGAAACACGGACCCGACGGGAUUCUGCGCGGAAACGUCGUGCCGCGACGCACUGAGCCUCGCGGAAGCUCUCAUUCCUUGCCGCGAAAUUGCUACAGAGCUGCCCACGAUUCACGUCGGUGGGGCCACGGGAACGCGCGAACCCAUCAGGAUGGCAUUUUGCAGUGCAGAAUGCACCGACUUGUAUCGACAGAUGCAAUCAGCGCUCGUAGUGUGCCAAACCACGGGCAAGUCGUCUGCAGGGUCGUGCCAGGGCUGCCAGCGUUAUCUCCGCCUCGUUCCGACUGUCGUGGGGGCGUGUCAGCUAAACACGACGACUGCACCGUCGUCUUUCAGAGCCGCCGUCGAGAGCGACAUGCGUCAGUGCGAAGUCAUCGUCCGUAGCAGCGCGACCGACGUCGACGACGGUGCAUCGACGUCGAUCUCUCCAUUUCUCAUCUCCGGGCUUGCCGGCGGCGUGCUUGUCCUCGUCCUUGUUUUGUUUAUCCUGAAACGCCAGCACCGGCUCACGAACGAGUUGCAGACGACAACGUGUCGGAAAUACGGCGGCCACCCGAAGCAGCAGAGCCUGACCAACUACCCCGCAACAGUCCCCAACGACAUUCGAUACGACUCGGCUAUGGCCGAGUUCUGGCACCCCCAAAACAAGCUCUCCCACAUCACGCUUCGCUCCAAAGGAGGGUACGGAAUGGUGUACAGCGCGAGGCUCGAUACACCCGAACGAGGCAAAGUUCACGUUGCAAUGAAGCAGCUCUUGCCGUCGCGGGCGCAAGACAUCGACAUCAUCGAGCAAUUCAUGCACGAAAUUCGGCUCGCGUCGACCCUGGCACACCCAAACAUUGUGCCGUUUAUUGGGUUCACUUGGUCCAACUUGCAGGACAUUUCGAUGCUGACCGAGUACAUGGCGCACGGAGACUUGUACCGAUUCCUUCGUAGCGAGUUCAAGAAGCCGGUGGCAAAGCGGUCGGCCAUGUUUUCGUGGCAAGCGGCGAGCGACGGCAGCCACUGCACGAAACUCAGCAUCGCGUCCAACGUCAUCGACGCGAUCGCAUACCUCCACGGGCAAACGCCCCACAGCAUCAUCCAUCGCGACCUCAAGAGCAAAAACAUCCUCCUGAACGACGCGUUCGUGGCCCACGUGACCGACUUUGGUGUAUCGCGACAGAGUUCAUCCGAUGCGCUCAUGACGGCGCGGGUCGGCACGUCGGCGUGGAUUGCGCCCGAGGUCCUCCGCGGCGAAAGAUACACCCACCAAGCCGACUUGUACUCGUUUGGUGUGCUCUUGGCAGAGCUCGACACGCUCCAGGAACCGUACAAGGACGCGUCGCUGCAGCCCGACGUCGCAACGAUGACGCCGUCCAAGCUCGCCACCAACAUUGCCCACGGCAAGCUCCGACCGGCGCUGUCAAAGGCAGCUCCCCGCUUUAUCCAAGCCAUGGCGUCGAGGUGUUUGGCUUUCGACUACACGACGCGGCCGAGUGCGACGCAGGUCGCGAUGGAGCUCACGUCGCACGUGAUUCAGCACCACCACCGUGAAUCCCUCAAGAUGUACCCCGGCGGCGCCGAGCUCAUUGUGACGAAAACGCCACAAACGAGCCACGCAGCGUACGCCGCGUUGUAGUUGGAUGAUGUGAUCGCAUGCCGGCAUGAUAUGACGGCGUGAAGUUGUUUGGAUUCUGAAUCGUGUACACAUGACGACGUCGACGGGAGCGCCAUGCGCUUGGGAGGCGGGUCGGUCCAACGAUCCCGUGGCGCCGACAGAUCUGUUGUCGCGCCAGGCAACACGAGGAGUGAGUUAACAAGGAGACACGAAGUCAAAACGUGUGCAAGCAGAGCGGCGGGGACGCCAG